AUGGCUGACGAGGAUGAAUGCUCGAACGUUCUGCCCGUCUCGCGUUGUCCUUUUGGACACGGAACCGCGACGGUGGACCCGUACCCUGGAUACGUUCACGGUAAGCACCCAGCUGUGUGUCCGCGCGGGUGCGUCCCGCUCAAGGCUGACGUAUCGAAAGCAGAAGCGCCCAAGGACAAGCUCAAGCGCGAGGCGACUGAAUUCAUCGAGCUGUAUGGCAAGGAAAACAAGGUGAGCGAAGAAGAUACGAUGCGAAGAGUCGCGGAAGUGUUGGAAUCGAUCGAAUCCACGGGAACGUACACGCACACCAUUGAUGAGAUCAGACAUGGCGCUCGAGUGAGCUGGCGGAACGCUCCCAAAUGUAUCAAUCGGAAAUUUUACAACACGCUCGACGUCAUCGACGCUCGCGAGGCGACGACGAAUGAACAAAUGUUUGAGGCAAUCAAGACGCACUUGAAGAGAGGCAUAGGCGCCGAUCACAUUCCAGUGUUGAUGACUGUUUUUCGACCGCAAACGCCCGGCAUGGAUGAUGGCCCAAGAAUUUGGAAUUCGCAGUUGAUUCGUUACGCCGGACAUCGCGGCAAUGGCGAAGAAGUCAUCGGCGACCCAGCAGAGUUGAACUUUACGGAUACGGUUAAGAAGUACUUUUCGUGGGUGCCAAAGUCUGGGUCGCCAGGCAUGUUUGAUUGCUUGCCGCUCGUUUUGCAAAUCGAUCCGAAACAACCGCCGAGCAUCUUUGAAUUGCCAGAAGAGUGUCUGCUCGAGGUGCCCAUUCAUCAUCCCAAUGUUCCCGAAAUUUCAUCUCUCGGUUUGAAGUGGUACGGUAUUCCAGCAGUGUCAAACAUCACUCUCGACCUCGGAGGCUUGCACUACACCGCCGCACCGUUCAACGGUUGGUACAUGGUGACGGAGAUUGCGACUCGAAAUUUCGGCGACGAGAGCCGGUACAACUUGCUUCCAAAGAUUGCCGAAGCGAUGGGAAUAGACUCUUCCACGGAGGAGACUCUGUGGCGAGAUCACGCCUUGGCUGCAGUCAACUUUGCCGUGUUGUACUCGUUCAAGCGCGCGCGCGUGAGCAUUGUCGAUCAUCACACGGCGGCGGCUUCGUUCGCUCAAUGGCACGCCGAGGAGUUGAAAAAGCGUGGAUACUGCCCAGGCAACUGGAAGUGGAUCAUUCCACCCACGGCGUCGUCGACGAGCUCCAUCUAUUUGGGUUUGAACAAAAUGACUGAGUACACGCUCAAGCCUGCGCUCGUCGGCGGCAUGAGCGCAAAAAGUCUCGUCACGCGAGCCAUUGCCAAUGGCUUUUUUACGCCCUCCGGACCAGGCGGAUCGAUGAUGCGGGCGACAUUGGCGGUUGCAAAGUGGUCCAAGCGCGUACGUCGUGUUCACGGAGGCGUGGUUUUGUUUGCGUCUGAUGGAGGUCGCACACAGUCUCGUGCGACGUGGAUGUGGUCAUUCUUACGGCAGCGCUUGCCCAUGAUUAGGCCGGUGAACAUCGCGAACCCGGAUGUCGACUUCAAGACAGCCAUCGGAGAGUGCGGAUUUAUCAUGCUUCUCGCGUCGACGACUGGUUCUGGACAAAUACCCACCGGAAGCCAGCUCUUCUUGGACUGGGUAAACUCUGACGAAGGGAAAGACAUUCUCAAAGAUAAAUAUUUCAGCGUUUGCGCCUUUGGUUCUAAAGCGUACCCAAAAUUUUGCGCGGGAGGGAAGCAAUUCGCAGCCGCGUUGCGCGACGUCGGCGCCUCUGAAAUGUUCAACGUCGUCUGUAUCGAUCAGCUCGAUUGCGAAGACGUGGGCGUGCAGAAGUACAUGCGAUCUGUGUUCGACUGGCUGCUCUCCAAGGAAAAAAUGACACCCGGCGUGAAUCAACUACUCAAGGAUAGCCUGGCGAGUGGGAAGGCGAUUCAGCCCCCGUUUGCAAUCAAGCUGCUCGCUCACGACGUGCACGGAAAACGCACAGAAUACGAAAGACCUGGUGUCACGGCGACGCUCGUGGAACGCGAACUCUUAGGCUCCGCCGAACGAUUGAGUACGGUUUCGGUGACGUUUGAGCUGCAAGACGUCAGAAAAGGCGUCGAGUAUUACAAGCCCGGUGACCACGUCGCCGUUUGGCCGCGUACGAGCGAAGCCCAAGGUCGAUUUUUCGCCGCGCACUUUGGAAUCGAGUACAAGGAAUUCAUCGAAAUCGUGUCGCUCGAGGAUUCAUUCUUUUCAUUGAAGCUCGCCAUCGACCCAGCCAUUCCGCGUCGAGUCUCCGUCGCCGACCUGUUCACGAAGAUUCUCGACAUCAACGCCGAACCGCCGGCGGAAAUGCUCGCGUCGUUGGCAAACUACGUCGAUGAAUCUGAGUGCAAGCAAAUGCUUGAAAAGCUUGCGCGCGAAGAAGACUUUCGACGAGAGUGGUUGGAGCAGACGGGCGUGUGCGUCCGAACGAUCUUUGAGCAAUUCCCCACACUGUCGACGAUUCACAACCGUGACAAGACGGUUGGUGUGAGAAUGCUUCAGGAUAUACUGCUACAAAUCCCCAAGCUGAGAGCUCGCUUUUACUCAGUCUCGAGUGCCCCAGACGUGUGCGGCAACGCGCGCUUUGCGCUCACCGUCGGACGACUGGUGUAUCGCAGCGCUGAUAACGCACGCAUCAAUCUCGGAUUUUGCAGCGAUUUCAUAGCGACGCUAUCGAUUGGUACGAAUGUCACGGUCGAGCUGCGACCGGCGCCCAUGUUCAGAAUGCCAAAGUCGAACGCGCGACCAAUAAUUAUGCUCUGCGCAGGGACGGGUAUCGCGCCGUUCAAGGGCUUUGUCGAUCAAUUGACUGUGCGCUCUGAACCGGGUGCCGAAACGUGGCUCAUCUACGGGUGUAGAACCCGAUCGAACGAGCUGUACGCGCAAGACAUGCGUCGCGCGGAGCAGAGUGGGCAUUUGACAAAGUACCUCGUCGCGUACUCUCGCGAAGAAGGGCAACUGAAGACAUACGUCGACGCAAAAAUGCGACAACACGCCGAUGACAUUCGGCGACUCGUCUUGAAUGAGGAUGCGCACGUCUACGUGUGCGGCGACGUCCGAAUCGAAACGUCUGUGCAAACGGCGCUCACAGAGAUCAUGGGCGGACCGGAAGCUUUCCGCGCGUUGGAGCGCUCCAACAAAUAUCACUUGGACAUCUUUGGUGCGUUUGACGUGCAAAAGCAAAAUGAAAACAAGCUCGCAAAUGCACGCAAGUCGCUAUCGAUGCGAGAAUAG